AUGCCUAAUCGCUGCUUCGAGAUCCCCUUCUUGUCAUCAUCAGACUCCAGUGAUGGUCCUUAUGACAAUCAAAUCUUCUCAACCUACAUCGACAGGAAGCCAAGCUGGACAGUGGACGACAUUCUAAGCCCUAAGCAGAGCAGCCACUCGCAGACGGCCCUGGCAGACACAAUUCAGACGUGGCUCUUCUUCGGCCUCAUCCACGAAGCCUUCGGGCAUCAUGCACGACAGCGCGACUUUAUUGAUGUCGACCCAAGUGGUCAAGCCUUGGUGACAACGGCCCCCUUAUGGCGGUUGUGUUACGAUACGUUCCUGAGCUCUGCUCAUCCUGAAGCAAGCAGUCGCAGCCACGAGCUCGAGAAGUCGAUUGCCCUGGCUGCAGAGUUCGUGGGUCGGAUACAUUUGGGUUUGCAAGACAUUGACGAGGAAUUAGAGAAAGUUCUCUUCUCCGUCAUGAUCUUGUGCGAUGCUCUGCAACUGUCCAUCAACCCCAGCACAUCGGUUCUUCCUAGCCGCCAAUGGCCUCUAUCAGAUGUCUUGUUGGAGAACCACAUGCGGUUGGUCGGAUGGUGUCCCAGCGACAUGCAGAAAGUGACCAAGAUGCUCGACUUACAUUCUCUCACCCUUGCAAGCAAGAUACCUCCCCGAGAUCCAGGCUCCCAUGACAGAUGCGACAGCGUCCGCUGCUAUGCCAACGACGUUGUUUCCGGCGAAUACCUACGGAAGCACCACAACUGCAACGGGUGCGAGGAGUUCGUGGCCGAUCCUGUCGAGAUCUGCGAUAUCCUUGACGACGGGCAUCUGCCACUGAUUGAUCCCAGCCAGGGGAAUGGUCCAAAGCUCAGGUUGAAAAGCACUGGUGAGGCCCCGAAGUACAUCGCAAUUUCACACGUAUGGUCCGAUGGGCUCGGUAACCCACACCGCAAUGCGAUCUACAGAUGUCAGCUCAGCCGACUUCAGGAUCUGGCCUGUUGUUUGUCACAGCCAGCGUUACCUCUCUGGUUAGACACCAUCUCCUGCCCUCGCGACUAUGAGCACAUACGCGAAAGAGCCAGAAAGGCUUACGGUCAGGCGAUCGCCUUCAUGCGCAGGACAUACCGCGAUGCCGAAACUGUUUUGGUGCUUGACCACUCUCUCCUUGAUGUGGAUAGCAAGAACUUGACCCACCUCGGUAUCCUGCUGCGCUUUGUCACUUGUGGGUGGACACGCCGAUUGUGGACUUACCAGGAAGGCAUACUGGCGAGGAAAUUGCUUGUCCAGUUUGCCGAUCGCGCCGUGGAUAUUGACGAGGUAUACUCCAGAUGGCAAGAUUCCAGCAAGGCAAUUUUCUACCCCAGCAUCCGUGGAGCGUACAAAGAGCUGCGAAUCUUAUUGGAUUCUGGUGAUGACGACUAUACCGAAAAGAUCCUUCACAGGGUGUCUCGUCCGCUGCAGUUCCGCAAGACAUCUGUUGCUUCCGACGAAGCGUUAUGCCUGUCAACGCUGGCGAAUCUGUCUCCUGAACGGGUAAAAAGAGUUUCCGAGAGUGAGAAGAACAAACGUAUGGAGACGUUCUACAGCAAUCUACCUACCAUCAGCAAACAAAUCAUCUUUUGGCAUGGGGAUCGUCUCCAACAGAUAGGCUUUCGGUGGGCACCGGCUUCGUUUCUCAACAACAGCAAUCUCUAUUUCAGAGAUUGGGACCAUGGCCCAUCAGCAGAGUGUAACAAGGCCAUGUUAUCAUGCUCUGGACUGUCUUUUGAUUGUCCUGGAAUACUACUGGGCAAGCUUAGCGGUGGCAUACAAUCAUUCCUCGUGACAACUGGCCCAGACACAUGGUAUCAUGUGAGCUGCCGGCAGUUUGACGGGCAGGAGGGUGUACCGUUUCGCAUAGUGCCAGACCACAAUAUGCCCGAUAUCUCCUUGGCUCUUCUAAACCCUACCUCUUUCCAGGAAGACUUUUCUACUCCGGGAUUUGAGACGCGGGUUUCCCUGAUAGUGGCUAUUGUCGCCGAAGAAGACGGCACAUUGAUUGCCCAGACACUAUGUCCAGCUUUCGUCUUCCGCAAGGUCGGGAUCGGGGCUGAACUGCCAUUGGUUAUGAAGACUUACCAGUUUUUCAGGAAAUGUCUCCAGGAUCCUGACACCCCUGAACGUGAUUGCGAUUCUGACUCAGAGCUCGACGUUGAGAAUGCCUCGCUCCUCGAGGAUGAGAGUCUCGUGGGCCAAUACCAGGCGCGAGGUCGUGCUGCCGUCUUGGAGCACGUCCAGAGACCAGUAUCCGCUCAGGGUGAGAAUCUGCUGUGGGCUGGUACGACCAUGUUGAAUGGACGACUCUCUCUCGUACGCGAAGGUAUGCAUAGCAUUUUCGAAGGCUCGGAAAUCGCAUCGAGACAAAGAUGGUGCCUCGACUGA